AAAAAAAAAAACAUCAACCAGAACAAACAAGGCACCUUCGUCCUUUUUUUUUCUUUCUUUUUUACUUCUUCCGUCUACUCGGAUUAAUUUUGUUUCUCUUGUCUCUGUUGUGCCACUCGAAAAGAAAGAGUAAUAGACCUCGUGGUGAAAUAGACGGGCCUUGUUUCGGUUUUCAAUUUUUUCUUCUACUCCUCCCAAAAUGAGCGGCGACAAGAUGGAAGUUGAGUUGGCGGAGCAGAAGCUCAAGACGAUGGAGCACAGCGAGCAGCACUACUUUAAGAGUUACGAUCAUCACGGAAUCCACGAGGAGAUGCUGAAAGAUGAAGUGCGCACGAGGUCGUACAUGAACGCCAUUGUUCAGAACAAGCAUAUUUUCAAGGACAAGGUUGUUCUCGAUGUUGGAUGUGGCACUGGUAUCCUUUCCAUGUUCGCUGCUAAGUCCGGCGCCAAGCAUGUCAUCGGUGUGGACAUGUCCACCAUCAUCUUCAAGGCCCGAGAAAUCGUCAAGGUCAACGGCCUGUCAGACAAAAUCACCCUGAUCCAGGGCAAGAUGGAGGAGAUCGAGCUGCCCUUCCCUCAGGUUGACAUCAUCAUCUCCGAGUGGAUGGGCUACUUCCUCCUCUACGAAAGCAUGCUGGACACCGUCCUGUAUGCGCGAGACAAGUACCUCGUCAAGGACGGCCUGAUCUUCCCUGACAAGGCCACCAUCUUCUUCGCCGGUAUCGAGGAUGGCGACUACAAGGAGGAGAAGAUUGGAUUCUGGGACAACGUGUACGGCUUUGACUACACUCCCCUCAAGGCCACUGCUCUGUCAGAGCCUCUGGUCGACACUGUUGACCUUAAGGCGGUUGUCACCGACCCCGUCCCCGUGCUCACCCUCGACCUCUACACCUGCACCACCGCCGACCUCGCCUUCAACACCCCCUUCACUCUCACCGCUAAGCGCGAUGACUUUAUCCACGCCCUCGUCUCCUGGUUCGACAUCGACUUCACCGCUUGCCACAAGCCCAUCCGCUUCUCCACCGGCCCUCACACCAAGUACACUCACUGGAAACAGACCGUCUUCUACAUCGAGGACGUCCUCACCGUACAGAACGGAGAGGAGGUCCAGUGCAAGCUUGACGUCAAGCCCAACGACAAGAACCGCCGCGAUCUGGACAUUGAGAUCGACUACGCCUUCCAGAUCAACGACGAAACCAGAAACGCUUCCGGCCACAGCUCAUACAAGAUGUGCUAAGUGUAUAUUUCCACUCUGUUUUUGACUAGCAGCGCUUGGCGAAGGAGCAACAGAUGAAGAAAGGGAAAGAUGUAGCGGGAUUUCCAAAGAGCUAGAAUGUUAUGGUGAAGAAAGAUGACAAGGAGCUCUUGGCGGCGUAUAUAUGUGACUUUUUUUUCGUGUGCAGGCUGAGGGAUUAAAAAAGUAGAUAGACCAACAGGGGCGAGUAAUACGACUCGAAUGAAAGAAUCAAUG